UCACAGAACUCCGUCCAAUCGAAGUUGGGGCCCACCCAAAUUUCCAUUCCCAGCUACGCCCCUGAGUUAUAUGCGAUACAAACGACUCGGUUACGAAGUUAAAAUUCAAAAUAUUAGUAACGUUUUAUUAAAAGGUCCCCGGUAUCACAAUGCCCUUUUGCGGUCCAUUUUAGAUAAUUGCUAAACCGCACUGAACGGUUUGUAUUUUGGGAUUGGUACAUUCCUCGUUGCGCAGCGCCUCCCCCGUCCUGUGGAACGCAGACCCUGAGGGAGAGCAGAGAGGAGGGAAAUGAAGAUGACAUUCCUGGGGAGGACCUGUCUCAUUGUCAUGAGUUUGCUACCAGCUGUUUCUACACAAGGUGCAUGGCGUGUUGUUGGCUCUGAUCAGCCUGUCAUUGCUGAGGCUGGUGAUGAUGUCAUCCUGCCCUGUCACAUUUCACCCAGAGUCGGUGCUGUGAGCAUGGAAGUGAAGUGGUUCAGGAAGGGAUCCGACAGAAUCGUUCAUUUAUAUAUUGACAAAAAGGACCAGCUCAGAACACAGGACAGUGACUACCGGGGCCGCACUGCUCUCUCUCCUGAAGCACUGCAGACAGGCGAUAUCUCUCUGCAUCUGAGAAACCUCCGAUACCCUGAUAGUGGCGUCUAUACCUGCGUCGCUGAUGAUGGAGGAUGGGAUGAAGAAGGACAGACUGAACUGAUUAUUAGAGCUCUGGGGACCCAGCCUUCAGUCUCUAUGGACUCUACACAAGGAGAGCAGACCCGGCUGGUGUGCAGAUCAGAGGGGUGGAGCCCUGAACCUGAAGUGAUCUGGAGAGACAAGGAUGGAAACGAUGUGACAUCACUGUCCAACACAACAGUGCAGCGGGACAGUCAGGGGCUCCUCAGUGUCAGCAGCUACAUCAAAAUCAAACAGCAGUCCAACGUGUUCUCCUGUCUGGUUAGAAGUAAAACACCCAAACCAGACUGGGAAUCCAAACUCCACAUAUCCAGUGAUUUUUUCCCAGGAGUCUCUGGAUGGAAGGUGGUUUUCUCCUUGACUUUAGCUCUCAGUAUUGGAGCCAUUCCUCUGCUGGUGUUCCUAUGGAGAAGAAUGGAUAGAAAGUUGAAAACAUGUGAAGUUAAAGCCGUUCUUCAUCUUCGAGAGGAACUGGAGUCUAUAAGGUGUGUCCCUAUAUCAGAAUGGAAGUGGAUCCGCAGCUCAGCAGUUGUUUUGACUCUGGACCUCGAUACAGCACACCCCCGGCUCACCCUGCCUGUGGAUGAGAAACAAGUGAGAAGAACACGACAGGAUCUCCCUGACAAUUCUCAGAGAUUUGAUUACAGGCGCUGUGUGCUGGGUAGAGAGGACUUUACCUCUGGGAGACACUACUGGGAGUUGGAGGUGGGAAACAAUACAUUCUGGAGAUUAGGAGUCAGCAGAGAGUCUGCCCCGAGGAAGGGGGAAUUCAGCAUGACCCCCGAGCAGGGUUACUGGACUGUGGGGUGGGAUGGAGAUGAAGAUAAAGAAGGGUUCAUUGCUCUCACUGACCCCCAGACCCCCCUCCCCCUGAGCCUGAAGCCCCAGAAGCUGGGGGUGUAUCUGGAUUUUGAGGAAGGGCAGCUCUCCUUUUACAAUGCUGAGACCAGAUCUCACAUCUACACUUUCACUGACAUGGAGAUCAAUCCCAAUGAGAAACUCUAUCCAUUCUUCUGGACGUUGGAAUACAAAGACCUUGCACUGAUGUCCCCGGGGAAGAUGAAUGACGGCUCUUUCUUUCUUCUAGUCUGGGAAUGGAUUCUUGCUGCAUCAGUUGAUGUGACUCUGGACCCUGAUACAACUUCCCCCUGGCUUACUAUGUCUGUGGAUGGGAAACGAGUGAGAGGGGCAGGGACAUGGCAGCGUCUCACUGACAAUCCGUAUCUCCGUGACAAUCCAGAGAGAUUUGAUCGCAGGCCCUGUGUGCUGGGCAGGGAGGGCUUCACCUCAGGGAGACACUACUGGCAGGUGCAGAUGGGGGAGAAUACAUUCUGGACAUUAGGAGUCAGCAGAGAGUCUGCCCAGAGGAAGGGGGAGUUUGGCAUGACACCCCAGCAGGGUUACUGGACUGUGAGGUGGAGUGGAGAUGACUUCACUGCUGUCACUGCCCCCCAGACCCCCCUCCCCCGGAGCCUGAAGCCCCAGAAGCUGGGGAUGUACCUGGAUUAUGAGGAAGGGCAGCUCUCCUUUUACAAUGUUGAGACCAGAUCUCACAUCUACACUUUCACUGACAUGGAGUUCAAGCCCAAUGAAAAACUCAAUCCAUUCUUCUGGACCUGGGAUGAGAAUAUAGACCUUGUGCUGGAGUCCCCUAACCCUAACACUGUCAGUGCUGAGGAUUAAACAUUGCUAAACUAGGAAACUAUUCAAACAGCUCAGUCAAUCUCCUCUUCACUUUCACUGACACUCUCUCUGCACUCUUCUGUGCUGAUGAGAAGAAAUCCUCUCUCAUCCACCCUCUUACCCUGAGCCCCUCCUCUUUAUUUCUCUACACCUCCUUUCCUACUCUCCCUUCCUGUCUACCUUUCUGUAUCCCCUCCACCUCUCUCCAUCUCCAGAUCUCUCUAUCUCAUCUCUCCCUCCCUGUUGGCUCUCCCCACUGAUAUGUUAUGGUUACAUUGUUACAGUUGGGAUAAAACAAAAUUAUUUGGAUACCUCUCCACUCUUCCCUUUCUCCUUCUCUCACUCCCUCUCCCCUCCCUGUCCCACUCUUCCGAUCUCCUUUCCUGCCCUCUUUACCCCUCUCCCUCUAUUCUGCCCUCUCUACGGUGGGUGUAUUUCAGUGCUGUAACUCAAAAAAUGAAAACAGUGAAAAACAGGCAGAAAAGGACUUGAAAAGGAGCUUGAUUCACUGAUCUCCACUGAAGGAAGGAGACUUUAACAAUCGAUGAGUUAACGAUGGGCUGAGUCGUCUGACCAGGAAACAAAGACCUUGAACAAAGACCUGAACAGGACAACGGCCAAAGUUAUCACCCGAGAGAUCAACACUGCGAAACAAAUUGAGUAUUCAACAUGAAACUAGAAGAAUAGAAAAAUAAUCACUGAAGAGAUACUUGGGGAAUGGAAUGAAUGCAUGUUUGCAGAAAGGCUGGCGCUUGUGAAACAUAAAGGGGUGUAAGAUAUCUAGCACAUUGUUUCAAUUAACAAAGGGGCUGGAAUAAUAUUGCAUGGGUGUGAUUUAACAAGUAUACAGAGGGAGGAUCAAUAGUGAUCUAAGAGAUUGAGGGAAGGGCUGGAAUGAAUAAGAACAUGUGAAGUGAGGGUUAAGUUUAUGUACAGUGGAUUCUAAUUAAAAUAAAUAUAAUUAACACUAGAACUGCCAGGUUUAUGCUAUUACCUAGAACUGCCAGCGGUAGUCAUUUUGAUGGGUACCUUUUAACCCUUUGCGGUCCUAUGUCGGACCUGGUCCGACAUCGCGAAAAUCCCUUUCCGGUCCAUUGUCGGACUCUGUACAACAUUGCCAAAAACCAUGGAUCUAACACAGCCUGUGUUGCGUUUAAGCUGGAAAAAGCCGAGACAAGGCGUUCCCUAAUGGUCUCUGAUCGGAAAGAAGGCGGAGAGAACCGAAUAGACCAUUUACAAGAUGAGCAAAGCCAAACUGAACAGACGGAGACAAGACACGCAGUGAUAAUGGCGCAGAGGAGACGGAGAAAGGCAAUGCAGCCUGAAGAACUUGCACAGGUGAUGGAGGAAGAAGAAAGUACAGACGAAAGCAGUUUGGAUGAUGAUUUUGACCAAUCUAGUGACGAAGAAGUAAAUUUUUCACUUACUGAGGACUCUGAGCAAUCUGAGGAAAGUGACCACGAACCAGACGCGCAGCCGAAGGGCGAUUUGGAGACGUGCAUCGGUAAGUGCGGAUACUUUCACAAAACUCCCAUUUACUGUGAUAAAUAAGGGAUUUCAAGGGAGUACUACUUUUAGUACUCAACUUUUUUCCACGAACGCUUUGUUUACUGAAAUUGUAAAUGAAACCAGUAGACAUGCGAGCGUAAAACCAACAGGACCGCGGUGUCACAACUCUAUUUGGAACUCCUGGAAACCUGUUACGUUACCAGAGAUGAUGUUCUGCUAAUUAUGGGACUGAAUGUAAAAACAGAGGAAUGGGCUGACAGAAUGCUGUUUUUCAAAGAUCAAGAGACCACGUUUCUUGCCCUCCCCCACCCAGGUGCAUCAGGCUGCUUUUGUUAGCAGGAUGUGGUCAGCUACAUAGACACAAAAUGCCGUGAGCUAUUUAUCCCAGGUAGAGACAUUUGUAUUGAUGAGAGCACCGUUGGCUUCAAAGGAAGGAUUAUCUUCAAAUGCUACAAUCCUCAGCCUACCAAUCUUCAAAUGCUACAAUCCUCAGCCUACCAAUUGGGGGAUGUGUGUGUUUGUUUUAGCUGACUGAAACUGGUUAUGUCUCUGCUGUUGAUCCUUACUUUGGCAGCCCAACAACAGACUCCCUGCUGAGACCUGAAAUGUAUAUUCUAAUAUUUACUGAUUGGUAUUCACUCAUACAGCUAUCCUGCUUGCAUAUAAGGAGGCUGUGUGGUCCAGUGGUUAAAGAAAAGGGCUUGUAACCAGGAGGUCCCCGGUUCAAAUCCUACCUCAGCCACUGACUCAUUGUGUGACCCUGAGCAAGUCACUUAACCUCCUUGUGCUCCGUCUUUCGGGUGAGACGUAAUUGUAAGUGACUCUGCAGCUGAUGCAUAGUUCACACACCCUAGUCUCUGUAAGUCGCCUUGGAUAAAGGCAUCUGCUAAAUAAACUAAUAAUAAUAUUCAUAUUAUUUGAUUAUUGAUUUAAAAAUAUUGUUACUAAAAUAGAUUAUAGACAAUAGAUGAAUGGAUUAUUUUCCAUGUAAUCAAUGUUUACACUGAAGCUGAGAUGCUCCCUGAAUAUUAUUCAUUGCUAAACUCAGUGAACUGAUUUCUGCUAUUUUGAUAUGAAUCUUCUGUUCUGUUUUUGUAGCGCAUCUAUUGUCUAUCUUUCUGAUAAAAUGUAUAAAAGAUAUAACGGUGUUGUGUGAUUUACUGCUCAAUUGUUUACCUCGGCAAUCUUGAACUCGUAAAAAGAAAGACAUUCAUGACAGCAGAGAGAUGAUUAAAUGAGACCAUUACACACGUGAAUGAAUUGGAUCCUUAAACUGGACAUUUUAAUUGUGAUUCUUCCCACAUAACUCUCAACAAUAACAAGCCUGUUGGGUCCAUGAGCAGAUUCUUCACAGAGACACAGUGGAAACAGCUUCCUAUACGAGUUACAAAAGCAAGAUCCAAUGAGCUACACAAAUGCCAGAAUUGACAAUAUUGUUUAAUUACCAGCAAUUCAGUAUCUC